CAACCAAUCCACCCGAGACAACAAGCAUCCAAGGGUCGUGGGUUCCAGCAAUUCGGUACAUACAGAACAAAGAAUCUCCCGAUCGCCACCGGAAAAGAACACCACGAUCGCCCAGUUUGUUUUCUUUUUCUUAUAUGCCCUGUGGUCGCAUGAGGAGUACGAUAUAGCGGCUCGUUAGCCCAUAAUCGCACCAAGAGCUCAAUCGGAAACCGGCAUUGAAGUCGUCCUCGAAACGUCGAGACCUCUAUAAUCACCCGUUCACAAUGGCGUCGUCAAAACGCAGCCCGUCGGUGCUGGUGACGGACUCGCGCGAGCGUCCACAGCGCGGCUCCUUCCCCAGACUCGCUAGCGCGCCAAAUACCCGCCUAUCGGUCGACAGUGUGCUGCAAUACACGUCAGACAUCCCGUCCGGCCAGCCGAGAAUGCCGCCCGGCCAGCGCCCACGCACCGCCGCCCGCCGGAUAAGCACAGGCGGUGGACUCCCCACGCUGGCCUCGGGCCGGACGGGCCAGCAGAUCGUCCCGUCCCGGACAACAAAAAUCAGCCAGAAGCUCGUGCUACUCCCGGAAACGGUAGACGAGAAGGACGAAGACGAAACGGCCGACAACGAGAUGCUGCGCCACGCCUCCAUAUUACGGGCCCACGAUGACGACGGCCCGCUCAAGGACGAAGAGCUCGACGUUCUCCGGAAGAGAGGCGGCGUCAGAGGCAAAAGCUAUGCAGAACGCUUGCCUAAGGUGCAACGCGGCGAGAAGGUGGCACGGCUAACCGCCUACUGCACCGCCCAAGCCUACAAGAUGAAGGCCACGACCGAGUUCUUGCGGACCAAGCACGAGGCCAAGACGAAGCUCUACGACGACUGCCUCUACACCGUCUACCACCUGCCCGUGCUCCCCGGUAUUGACGGCUGCCGCCUGCGGAGCCGGCCCAUUCUUAAGACGCCAGGGACCGGCAAGACGGUACUCGAUCUUGAGAUUGAGCGCAGCGAGCGCAGAGACGAGCACGAGGGCUACUGGGACGAAUAUCCCUAUGGCUCCCAAGACGCGGCGCACAGUCCCGGCGCCGAGGCCCUGCCAGGCCGCCAGCGCGACGGAGACGAAGCUAGCUUCAAUCCCAUCAACCGACUAGUCCCUGAUGCCAAGCACUUCGCCGAGAUGUUUGUCUUUUCGUACGGAGUGGUCGUCUUUUGGAACUUCACCGAGCACCAAGAAAAGGACAUCCUGGCCGACAUGACGUUUGCCGAAAACGAGACUGGCGUGUCGCUGGCCACUCGGCCUCUUGACGAGAUAGACUUUGAGACGGAGGAGUUCCACUUUGAAUACAGCCCCGACGUACAGCGGCCUCGCGUCUUCAACGACAUGAUCACGCUGCUGCCCCAGUCCGACCACAUGGUCAAGCUGACGAUAAGCCACGCCAUUGCGCAAAGCACCAAGCUGUGCUUCUUUGAGGAGCGCAUGUCUGAGACCAUGCAGGACGCCCAGCACGUGCCGAAGCGGCUGGCCCUGACCGGAGAGCUGAAUAUGACUCGGACGGAAAUCGUCAAGAUCUUGGGACGGCUGUUCAAGAGCCGCGUGGAUAUCAAUCUCUCAUCGAAUAUCCUCGACGUUCCCAACUUCUUCUGGGACUCUGAGCCCACUCUGCACCCGCUCUAUGUUGCCAUCCGCGAGUACCUCGAGAUCGACCCGCGCAUCAAGGUUCUCAACGAGCGGUGCCGCGUGUUCCUGGACCUGGCAGAGAUACUGUCUGACAGCGUCGCCGACGCCAAGAUGAGCUACAUCACGUGGAUCAUCAUCAUCCUGAUCGUCGUCAGCAUUAUUGUCACUGUGACCGAGGUGGGUCUGCGGUUUGGCAUCUUGUCCAAGGAGAAGGGCAAGGACAACGGCGGCCAGGGGAAUGUCAUUGGCGGCGAGAGAGGCCAGAGAUUGGUCGAUCUGCGCAGCCUGAACCUCGCCGAGGCCAACAUCACUCUCGAGGACCUGCGGCUGUGGAGCGCCGCGCUGACGGAGCGCGAGAAGGCGGCCGUCUGCGGCGCAGACAUUGUCGGCAAGACAUUUGCCGGGGUAUAGUAUGGUUGUAAUAUAGGUAUGCUCCACUGCAGAGAGUUGGCUGGGAUGCACUUGGCCAAAGUUGUGAUAUUUCAUUUGGUUCCCUGGUAUCGUUUUUACAGUCUGAAAGUGGCUUUAGCAUAGCGAUGGCGUUCAUACGCAGAGGCCAAAAGAAUGAGUUGCUGGGAGGUUACUAUCACUAUUAUCCGUAUCAAGGAGUGAGGAGAUCGUGCAUGGUGGGGGUAUGAGUAUUUUGUAUUUGUUUUGUGCAAGACGUGUCCCAUAAAGGAGGUCGUUUAAAUCUAUCAAUCAUAACAUGUGCUGAAUCGGCACCUAUCUGACAUUCAGCGCCAUUCUGUCCCGUAUAUAUAGAACUUACC